AUGUAAACCCUUUAAACCCUUAGAAAACCCCAAAGUACACCCAAGACACCACCAGAGGAGGAGAGAUGCAACUCCAUAACUUGAGAAGAGCAGUUCAAACCCUCUCCACUUCAAUCCCACUUCUCCAAUCUCACCACCACCAUCAUCCUCUUCUUUCUUUUUCCUCUUCCUUCAUUCCCAAACUUCAUUACUCCUAUUCUCCGAAACCCACUUCAUUUUUCAGAAACAUCAGUUUUAAUGUCCCCAAAUAUGUUGUUACUGGGGAAAAUAAUCAUACCCAUCAUCCUAAUUUGUGCAAUAAUAAAGGUCACAGUGUUGAUUUAGUUGAUCAUGAAGAUGGAUUAGUUGAAGGAAGAUUUGAUAAUGAAGAAUUAGAGGGUAUUGAGCCAAUUAUUGAUGGAUUGAGGAAUACGGAUGCUUAUGCUGCUAUUGAAUUGGCACUUGAUUCUGUAGUUAAGAUUUUUACAGUUGCAAGUAGUCCUAAUUAUUUUCUUCCUUGGCAGAAUAAGUCCCAGCGUGAAACUAUGGGCUCUGGGUUUGUGAUUUCUGGGAGGAGAAUCAUGACUAAUGCCCAUGUGGUGGCGGAUCACACGUUUGUGCUCGUUAGGAAACAUGGCUGCCCUACCAAGUACAGAGCAGAAGUAUUGGCAGUUGGGCACGAAUGUGACUUGGCUAUUCUAGUUGUUGAAAACGAAGAGUUCUGGCAAGGUAUGAACCAUUUGGAUCUCGGGGAAAUUCCUUUCCUACAAGAAGCAGUAGCUGUUGUGGGAUAUCCUCAAGGAGGGGACAAUAUCUCUGUAACAAAAGGUGUUGUUUCUAGAGUGGAGCCAACACAAUAUGUACAUGGGGCUACUCAACUUCUGGCAAUACAAAUUGAUGCGGCAAUUAAUCCGGGUAAUAGUGGAGGCCCAGCAAUCAUGGGAGAUAAGGUUGCUGGUGUAGCUUUCCAGAACCUUUCAGGUGCCGAGAAUAUUGGGUAUAUUAUCCCUGUACCCGUUAUAAAACAUUUCAUAGCUGGCGUUGAAGAAUGUGGUAAGUAUGUGGGCUUCUGUUCUUUGGGUUUGUCAUGUCAGGCAAUGGAAAACAAGCAGUUGCGAGAGCACUUUGGAAUGGACCCAGGAUUGACUGGAGUACUUGUGAGUAAAAUUAAUCCAAUUUCCGAGGCUCACAAGAUCUUGAAGAAAGAUGAUGUUAUUCUUGCAUUUGAUGGUGUGCCAAUAGCAAAUGAUGGAUCAGUUCCUUUCAGGAACAGAGAACGGAUAACUUUUGACCAUCUAGUCUCCAUGAAGAAACCAAAUGAGAAAGCUGAGCUGAAGGUUUUAAGGAAUGGCAAAGAGUGCGACCUCGUGAUAAAUGUCCAUCCUUUGCAACCGUUGGUACCUGUCCAUCAAUUUGAUAAGCUACCUAGUUACUACAUAUUUGCUGGUCUAGUCUUCAUUCCGUUGUCUCAGCCAUUCCUCCACGAGUACGGAGAAGAAUGGUACAAUACUUCACCUCGUAGAUUGUGUGAGCGUGCACUUAGAGAGCAGCCCAAGAAGGUCGGUGAACAACUAGUCAUAUUGUCUCAGGUUCUGAUGGAUGAUAUUAAUGCUGGAUAUGAGCGCCUUGCAGAAUUGCAGGUUAGAAGAGUGAAUGGAGAGGAGAUUGAUAAUCUAAAGCACUUGUAUCAACUCGUAGAAGAAUGUAAAGAAAAGAACUUAAGGAUUGAUUUGGAGGAUGAUAGAGUUAUUGUAUUGGACUACGACAAAUCUAAGUUCGCUACUUCUCGGAUUUUGAAGCGUCAUAGAAUACCUUCCUCUGCGUCUACUGACCUUGUUGAGACUGAACAGGAACAAUUUGUAUCUGCAUCUCAUACCUGAUUUCUUCUUUCCUGUUUUAGUCAUCACCAUUGUUGAAUUUAUUGGAUUGUUCUACCAGUAUUCAAAAUUAUGAUCUUAUUUUGCAAUAGAUUUGCACCACAUCAUCA